AUGAAAGAGCCGUCCUCGUCGAUCCAUACCUACAUCUACAGCUUGACGCAGACGGCCGAGACCAGAUUGAAUCAAUCAUCAUGGAACAUCCAGAGACAACAGGUGGAAAAUAGAAAAAAGCAAGAAACGGUACCCUUGAAAAGAAGUGCCCGCGCCGUUACCCAGUGGGGUAGAGUUGUGGCGUCCACAGCUUCAGCCACACACCAGACGGUACGUACUCCCGACUCCCAUGGGUGCUCCCCGCGCAAUGACGCAGCCCGCCGUCCGGUGCUCCGUGCCCGUGACUCUAACGGACAGGGACAGACCCCGCCUCUCCGUCCAACACCAACGCCUCCGCCGUCUAGCUGCGUGAGUGCCCACGAUGCCUUAACAGCCAGCUGUUAUUUGGUGACGCCUCACCAGUUAGUGUCAAAGCUAUGUUCGCUCGGAGGCUUGUAUACGCGCAUACAGCCCACCCACAGUUCACACAACCCUCAGCCCUUUUUGCAACUCGUCAAGGCCCGAGCCUCCGUUUCAAGACGGGGUCAAAGACGGGGGACACGCCGGCUGCUACCACAAGGCCUUAUGGCCCAUGGGAGUCGCCGACGCUGUACGUCCAGCUUUGGGAACCUCCUUACCGAGGUUUCCUACCAUUGA